AGAACCCCAAGCAGACUGAUGCCAUGGUGAACCAAUCGCAUGCUCAUGCCUGUGACUUCCUAAUUUUGAGCCUAUCAUAGUGUGUUAUUAUAGAUCCCUAAGACGACUAGACCUUGGAACUAACUUCAUUGUGUUGAGGCCACCUCAGUGCUCACAGCUACUGGUCUCUCAAGGCUAGAGACGAAAAGAAAGAUGAGCUUCUCCCUUACGCUUUCGGAGCUGGCGAACAUUGCGAUUGGCACACCUGAGGCGGGCAAUGUCAACUUCAAUGCCCUGCACAUUCUGCUGCACAGCAUUCUGGAGCACCUCCAGCUCCAGGACAUCAGGAAGGAGAUCUUGGAGGAGGAGAAGGAUUUCCUCAAACCUUCCUCUGGCUUAACACUAAAAAAGAGGCCCACGCAGCAGGCUGAUAUGGAGGGGAAAUCCAGCUCACUCUUCCACCAGAUGCAGCAGAGGCUGGGGAGGAUUGAAAGCCAGCUGAUUCAUUUGAAUGACACCCCUUCCACAGCAGAACUGCUGACCAGAAGCCAAUCCUUCAACAAGCCAGCUGAGGACAUGUGGCAAAUGAUGCAGCUGAAGAAGAAGAUGGAAAUGAAUGAAGAAGGAAUGACAAAGGCUAUGAACACUCUGCAAGACCUGCUUACCAACAUCUACUCUCUGAAAACCACUGUUGACGCCUUCCAGAAUGAGCUGAGACUCUUGAAGGACAAGUUCCACAAAGACAGCAUGGGUGAAAUAGGUGAGCAGCUUGCACUACUGGAUCGGCACAGCCAGAUCAUCCAGACCAUCCUGGACAAAUUGGGUGACUUGCAGGAAGAGCUGAGCUCUUUCCCCAAGCAGGCAGACCUGGUACAAUGGAGCUGUCUCUUCAAGUCUCUUGCUGACAAGAGCCUCUCUGAACAAGGGCACAGCCUGGAGUCCAAACAAGAGAUGGCCAGGGAGGCCCUCAGCAAGCUGACCCAGCUGCCAGAGCAGCACAAGGCCUUGGAGACUCGUGUCAGCAAGCUGGAGAGUCAGCUCCAAGAGCAAGCGAAUCAUAUAGCCAACAUGGGGAGCUCAGCUGACUUAGCUGCUGAACUGAAAAGAAUGCAAGAUGAAUUAAGCAGCCUGCAGAAUGAAGAAGAGAAGAGGCUGGACUUCCGAAAGAACAUGCUGGCCCAGAUGCAGAAGCUAAAGGAGCAGUGUGAGAAGCUACAGAAAGUCACUGAGAGGCUCCUGAGCAACACAGGAGACAUCCAGAACCUGCGAGAGAUGGUGAAGCAGCUGAACCUGAAUAAAGCAGACAAAACCCUGCUUGAACAGGAGAUGAAUGUGAAAGCAGACAAGAGUGAGCUGGAGACCAAGGUGGACCAUGACGAGCUGCAAAGUGCCACCACUCAGCUGAAUGAGAUGAUGCAGGACCUGCUGCAGAAGAUGUCCUUGCAGGACAAGGAGUGGCAGAAGGUUCUGCAGAAUUUGUUCAUCGACAUGGACUCCAAGCUGGACCGUGUGGCACUGGACCCCCUGAAAAAGCAACUGGAGGAAGUGUGGAAGUUCAUUAAGAAGUAUCUGAGCGAGGGCCCCCACUUUGAUGCUGACAGCGCUGCUGGCUUUAAAAAGCAACUCUUUGAACGGGUGAAGUGCAUUUCCUGUGACAGACCAGUGAUGAUGACAACUGGGCCGCACCUGGUAACAGUCCGAAAGGCAAGGUUGUACUCCCGGACGCGCCCAGCCAGUGCCAAUGGUUAUGAGUACCUAGCACAGAAACAGCAAAUGAGGGAACAAGCUCUGGAGAAGAAGGACAGGAGUGAAACAACCAGCCACGAGCAGCAGUCCUCGCAGCACUGCUGGCAGUGCCAAGCACAUGCCACUUACCCUGCCGAGCGAUAUUCCAAUCCAAAGACUCUCACUACCAUCUACCCCUAUGGAGACCCAGCUGUCCUCACCUACGAUAAUACUGAAGUUGAUAUUCUGGGCAUCAAUGGAGUUCUCUACAAGGGCAGGAUGAGCUCACAAGCUGCAAAAUGGGGCACCUCUCUAGACAAGGAAUUUCCAGCAACUGUUGCCCGGAUGAGGGCUGGAUCUGUAAGCGGCAAACAGCAGCCUUCCCAGGAGACUACCCUGGAUGUCCCCAUUCAGCAAGCCACCCCAUGGCCUCUGCCAGGAGACAGGGGCAUGACUGGCAUGUGAGCCACACAGGGCAGCAGCAGCUCCACCAGCCCCACCUCUUUCCUUUCUACCCAUUAUUCCUGGGCAGCUUUAACUGGCAGGAACUCCAAGGCUGCUCUGCAUGACCUCAGCAAGUUGAGCAAGAGGGAUUUAUGACUGUGUAGAGCCCAUUGCUUGUAGGCAGGGAAUUGCAGUCACCAUCUCCACCAUGAGCUGUUGGGUGAAAGGGCAAGGGCAUGGGCAGGAUGGGGCCGUAGGGCUGCCCUGGAGCAUGUGUCAUUUCAUAAUAAACUAGGGGGGCCCCUCUUCCAGUGCCUAAGCUCUGCAUUAACACACAGACCUGGGGGCAGUCAGGGAAGAUCCAAGUGCCCCUGUCUUAGCAGAAGCCCCAGGUCUUGAGAGCUCUUGGUGAGUACUGAAGGUGCGUGUUAGGGAGGCCUGUGGGUUGCCUGGCUGGUGAACAAUGAUAAUGGCAAGCAGGGCUACACUUGCUGUGCUGGGGGUCAGGGAGCUCCUCUAGGCUGUGGAAAGACUGAUGCUCUGGCACUGCCUUCUGGCUGUUCCAAGGACUGGCAUGUCUCCAUGCUGUCCACCCAGUAAGGCCCAAUGCUUGCCUGAUGCUCAGCAGCUUGUCCCUGCCCUGGCCCAGCAAACUGGCUCCUGGGACUUCAAAGCCACUGAUUCUGGCUGCCUAGCUUGCUGGCUGAUCCUCAGGGCUCAGCCAUGUCCCCAGGAAUAUUCCUUCCUUCUCCUGCUGCCAGACCAGCAGGCCCUUGUGAGUCCCCACAGGGGUUGUAGAGCUGUAACCAACAGGACCCUGCACCCAGGCAGCAGUUGUGGCAUAUAGAGACACAUACCUACAGCUGAGGCUCGGCAUUGGUGAGUGACUCUCUCGAUCCUAAAAUCCCCGAGGCCUCCAGAGAUUAUUAACAAGAGCCCAAGUACAGCAGUGUGUGUGGGGCUAGAGCGGUUGGUCCCAGUUCUGUGCCUCAAAAGCAUGGACUCUCCUAAACCAGCAGCCCUUUGCCCUGGAAGCCCCCUGCCCCUCUCCCUGCCAGCGCUAAGGUUGGACAGGAGAGGCCCUGCAGCUGCUCUCAACCCUGCUGCCCAUCCAGAUGAGGUUAAUUUAAGGAACUCCAUAAAGUUGUCACUUUUAUAAGA